UAUAUUCAAUGAGCAACCUAGCUGCUGCUGUGCGGCCGACGAUAUGUUUCGAUUAGAAGACGAUAUCUACAAGAGGCUUGAAUAUUUGUGGCACGAUAUCAUCACACUGAAAUACAGAGUACACAUGUUCACAGAGAGCUUGCAGGUUGCCUUCAAAGCUUCAAAUAUUAUCGUUACAACUACUGGACCUUGCUUUGGUCCUUUCAAUGUUGAUAUGCCAAUCCCGUACUCCUCUGUAACUCUGAACGAUAACAAUGGAUAUCAACCUUCCUUGGGUAUCUUCACUGCCCCUUAUGCUGGUGUGUACGUCUUUUCCUUCACAGUCUACUCACAAGUGCAGGAGAACGAGCAACUCUACCAUAAAGUCCAGCUGAGCAAGAAUGGACAGGCGAUAGCCGGCAUUUGGGAGAGCAAUCGAAAUGAUCAGGAUGACAAUGGCAAUCAGGUGAUGGUGGUGGAGCUGCAGAGAGGCGAUCAGGUGUACACUGAGCUGAUGUCCGGGAGGAAGCUCUGCAAACACCUGCAGUAUAAUGUCUUUACUGGUUACAUGCUGUACCCUCACCCCUACCCCUACACUGAUGAGUAUGAUGAAUAA